CUUACAGCGAUAAAUGUGUUGAAACGUACAGAUGGGCGAACCAGGAGGGCCAUAAAAGCCUUAUGUUUCAUUCAAAAACAGCUUUCUACCCGACAGUGAAUACAUAUAGAUGAUGUAGAGGAAACACUGACUAUAGUAUGGGUUUUGACGUGGAACGCUUCUUGGGGAUUGUGAACGAAGGCCUUCUUUGUUGUAUUUGUCGUGACGUGUUGGAGGUCCCAGUACAAGCACCUUGUGAGCAUGCGUACUGUCGCCAGUGCAUUGAGGGAUGGUUAGUGCACGAAAAUCGAUGUCCAGAGGACAGGAAACAGUUGUCGCAGUCAAACCUGAAGCCAUUGUUUCGUUAUAUGAAGAACGAUUUAGACAAGCUACAGCUUCGAUGCAUCAAUGCAAACCUUGGCUGUAACCAUAUUAGUUCACUGGAAUUUAUCGAAGGUCAUGAAUCUGAAUGUCCACUUAGCUCUGUUCCAUGCUCCAAUGACAACUGUAAUGCUAUAGUACUGAGAAAGGAUCUAGCAAACCAUAUGGCUUCCUGUGAAUUCCGUGCCCGAGAAUGUCCGAACGGCUGUGGCCUGCUUAUGGUGCUAAGACAAGACAAAGAGCAUAAUUGUAUCCAUGAGCUUAAAACAGCCAUGGACGUGCUGCGUUCGGAAAUGUCAUGCAAGAUCGACGAACAGAAAAGAGAAAUGGAACUUAGACUGAACACACAGAGAUGUCACAUGGUCCAGAAGGAAUCCUCCAUGCAAACUCAGAUGGAUGAACUCAAGUCUGAAGUUUCAAGACUUUCACAAAAGAUUAAGCUUCUAAUGGAAUUAGAAGUCAAGCGUAGACAGGACACUGAAAGACUAGAAUUGGAAAAACGCGAGCUAAUGGAACUCCUUCGCCGAAACCGAAACGAGACAGACCGCUCUCCCGGACAAAAAGUAAAUAAACGUCCAUUUACAGGAAGAGUCACAGCAAUCUGAUUGUAUGGAGAGCUGAACCUUCAUAUUACAAAUACUGUAAGAAACAAACACAAAAUAAAUUUUUAAACUAUUGUAAAACUCAAGCCAGGGUCAAAACUUGGAGAAGAGGUGAAAGACAAACAGCAUUUGCUACAAGAGCAUAUAA